AUGUCGCCAUCACCUAGCUUGGAGUCGUUACCAUUUGACAUUCUCUUCCAAAUAGCAGCCUACCUUGACGUCCGAGACUAUAUACACAUCAGUCACUCGAGCCAUUCAAUGUUCAGCUCCAUGAAAAACACCAUCAUUGCACGGGCUACUGUCAAGAAUACUAUGCUUCAUAGUAAAGAAGGACAAGCGGCUUGGGCUGGCGAGAUCGGCCACUAUCAGGCCAUCCAGCAUCGCUUUGAUAUUCAUGAAGCGGUUGCCACUGCGUCCCCAUAUUCUGUUUCAGUGCUGGCCUAUGCCACAGACUUCUUGUACCACCAAGGCUUUCUGUGUUAUCGAUUCAAAAACCAAAUUCGUUUGCUGAAUGUACACGGUGCAGGCCAAAAAGAGCGUGUUUUGGACCUCGACCAUGUGGUGCGUCGCAUUAUCGGAAUUGGAAACGUUCUUUCGGAUUUGGGAGAACAAAUCACCCUUCUACGGUUCAGUUCCGGGAUCUUGAUCCUUCUGGUCAAUCAAACCAACUCAAAUGAGGGUAUUCUGAUCGCGAUAGAUUUACAAUCCCACCCAGGCCAGGCUCGACGGAGACGUUUGCUUCUCCAAGAACCAGUCUCCUCUUCGGAUCCAAUUUUGUUUGUCCGACAUACCAGACUGUAUAUCUGGUGCGGCACUUUUACUCUCGCCAAUGGCCAAGAGGUUGCAUGGCAAGUAUGGGGCACGGACUUUAGAACGCUUCAACGCACCGAGUUUCCCGUAGAACGUGCUGUCGAUGGCGAGCUCGACAAGACAAUAUGCUUCGAGGUCUACCAAGGACAUCUUUAUAUGGUAUCAAUUAUAGACGACCGAGAGUCUUCCUUUUACCACUGGUCUUGCUACGCCCCGAACCGUGGAAGCAAGAAGGGCAACGGACGGCUUUGGCGCCGUGAUCAUCGCGAGGGUCCUAUCCAUGAGAUGUGGGCUGAUCUCUCCAUACAAGUGGAUGAGAAAAAUGGUCUACCUGUUAUCCUCGAAUGCCGCCGUGAAUGGCUCGACGGUGGAAGCGAAAACCAUCGUACCUACUACACUACGCCUCUUCCGACGCCAGACGAAGCCCUUGCAAUGCAACCAGCAGAGGGGCUUACCCACCAGGGUGGUCUAGUUGAUUCGGAUGAUGAGCACAGAGAGUCAACGGAAAAGCGACAGGCUCGCGACUGUCACGCUGAACAUGAAACAAGCGAUCCUCUGGACCAACGAUUCGAUUUUAUCCCGGCAUAUACUAGGUACAGUAGCUACCACUUGGCGGCGGCGACCUAUAUUGAUCUGGUCAAUGAUCCCAAGUCCCAAGCUGAUGGGGUGCACUUCCAACACUGCUUACGGCUGCGAACGAAAUCACGAAAUCGCGACCGUUCUGAUGAAAAGGGCGUGAGACGAUACCGUAGUCCGCUGUCAGAUGCAGGGCAGUCGCAGACAGACGGGCCUUCGGAAGGAGUCUCUGAAGGUUAUUUUCACGCCCAUGGUGUUUAUUUAUGGCCACCUGUGAAUGCUCCCUCAAGGCUGCUGGACCUACUGUGCCCAGAUAAGUCAACGAGUCUUGUUCGAGCUGUUUGUGAUGAGCGGUCGCUUAUAUACUCUACCUCUGCUGAGGGAUUACCACUCCAUCACCGUAUGCUGGUUCUCAUCAGCUUCGACCCUAUGAUACGCCUUCCUUAUCUGACCUCCCUGUGCAAUCACAAGGCCAGUACAAAUUCAAUCCGAAAAGUCCUUGAUGCACCGCGGCCUGGUUUUCAAUUUUCCCGCCCUCUCGUACACAAUGCGGACGCAUUUCACCUAGCUAUUCGUCAAGGCUAUCGACCAUGA